AUGUUUUCCCGUCUUUUUGUUCGUUCUGCUUCCGUAGCUGCCCGUGCUUCUCGUCAAGCUCGCUAUACACCCACUUUGCUCAGAGCUCCGCUCUCUAAGAGCGCCAUCAGACCGCUGCACGUUUCUGCUGUGACUUUCAACAAGAACUGUCAAAAAGUGGCCCAAGUUCUUGAUGGCGAAGUGGCUCUAGAGCUAGAAGAAGACACCGCUAAUUUGCCAGAGUCAGUGCAAGCUUUUUUCGACAAAACUGGUUACUCAGCCGUGAGCUCUCCAGGAAAGAACAUGGCGGAAAUCGUCAACAAGUCCGCCAGAGGUGAGACGGUCCAUGUUUUCUUCGACGUUGCUCAAGUGUCCAACUUACCCCUGGAGACUGCAGGUCUGGAUAACGAGAUGGCCGCACCAUCUGAAGAAGAAGAUUUCGAGGGUAUGGCCGAUAAUUUCGCCAACGUCAACGUCAUCAUCGUCAAAGACGCAGACCAGUCCGCAGUGUCUUUUGAAUUGCUCAUGAAUCUGCAAGAGGGCACUUUCUUUGUCGACAGCGCUACUCCUUAUCAUGACGCUAAGGCUGCCUUGGAUGAAUCUGCUGAGUCAGAGGUUAGCCGUGAACUUGUGUACCACGGCCCUCCUUUCUCCAACUUGGAUGAAGAACUACAAGAAUCUUUAGAGGUGUAUUUGGAAAGCAGAGGCAUCAACGAAGAACUGGCCACUUUUAUUGGCACUUACUCCGAAUUCAAAGAAAACAAAGAGUAUAUUAGCUGGUUACAAAACAUGAAAAAAUUCUUCAAUUAA